CUUCCUGUCGAUGGGGGAACAACAUAACAAGGCUUCGAGCGUUUUCGGAAACGGCGUCACCCGCCGAGGCUUUUAUUUCGAAAGGACGCGCGGAAGCGUCUGGGUGCGCGAAGGGACACGCCCCUAAAAGCUCCAGCUUGAUUCGUCCUGCGGCUCGCGGACGGUUCGAUUCGGUCCGGUUCGGUCAUGGCUCGCGGAGGUUCGCCGUCGCCGCUGUUGCUGCUGCCGACGAUGACGACGAUGAGGAUGCUGCUGAUGAUGCUCCUGAUGCUCGUCGUGCAAGUGCGGCCUCAGGGUCUGGACCUGGCCGACGCGCUGGGCCCCGCCGACGCUCAAACCACGCCGGCGCCAUUGCCAGGCACCGGGGCUCCGAACAGGGCCAAGGGAAAACCAGCCGCCGACGAAUUCGACCUGGCCGACGCCCUGGACCCCGACAACGACAUCGACCGGAACAAGGGGACCCGACCCGGAGGAGGGUUUUCUGACAGCGACCUGAUUGAUGUCAGCAAAGACGACAGCUACAAACCCGACAAAGGCAAAGGCGGGCGACCGAGCGGCGAUCGCGAUCGUGUCGACCAACGCGGCGACAAUAGCGAGACCACCGCCGAGGUUGGCACCAUCGCGGGCAUCGUUAGCGCGGUGGGCGUGGCGCUGGUGGGCGCCAUCAGCAGCUACAUCUCGUACCAGAAGAAGAAGCUGUGCUUCGGCAUCCGGCAGAGUCUCAACGCGGAGACGGUGAAGGCCGACGGUCCGGAUGCUGUGCUGGCAACGGAGCCGCAAGCCCAACAGACGCUUCUGGAGCAGGCCGUCGCCGACAACGUCGUGUAACAACGCAGCGCAAACGAGUCGACGUGAUGCUCGGCAACGAGGCGCCGUCUUCACAAUCCGCAUUUCAGGUUUCUUUCAUGGAAUAUUUUGUAGUGUGUUAUCGAGUUGCUGGCGCUCCAGUACAAACAUUUCUCUUCCUGUGCACUGACUGACAGAACGUUUGAGCUUCCUGCAAAAUGUGACAUUAAUUUAUUGAUACUUUUUCUGUGCGACUAGUGCACCUAUCUCAGUGGGUUGUUUUUUUUUUUUUUUUCCACUUGUACAUUUCUUUAUCCUCUCAGUAGCAAGCCGAAUGGCGUGUGUUCCCAUUUGCUGCGCUCUUUUGACGACGAAAACCACAACUAUUAGCCACUCGUAAUGUGUUUGACGUUUUGCUGACAGAUGAAUGUUUGUGUGUAAAUGCAAGACCAGAAUGCAACGGCUAAAUAAAACAUUUGGCGAGAGCGCUAUUGAGA